AUUUUACAUCACACCACUGGGACGUCUUGGCAGGAAGAGCUCUAGACUUUGACAAGGCAAUCCUCCUCUCUCUCGCGGUGGUUCCGUUCCGUUCUUACCCCCCACUCCGUCUCGUAUAGCACGCCAGCAGGGUGCCCUUGGGAGUGUCAGCGGGAGAAGCUGCAGAAAUACCGCGACCUUUUCUGCUCGGAGACAUACAUCUAAAUUACCUGUCCAGAUCUGAAUCGUGUAUGCUUUGCGGUUUGCGAAGGCAUCUUAACCGAGAAAAUAUGCUUAACGUGUGGCAGAAACCGUCCAGUCUCUUGCAGGGUUCAGUUGGCCACGCGUAAUCAGUCACUUUCAGGCAGGAGAGUCACUCAGGUGUUUAGGCGUGCGCAUAGAACAAUUUGUUUUUCUGUUUUCUCUUUCAAUCACUAGUUUCACUCUUCCGGAAGCAAUUGUCCACACGCCGUGAGUAUUUUUAGCUGGGCGCUCAGACGUCACCUCGGAAGCGUCGUCAGUGUCGGAGGAAUCUUCGUUCACAGCUUCGGUGGUGCACGGGAUUUGUGGAUGCCUUCAGUUGUGAAUAGAAGUUCAGAAAAAGACAGUUACCGCGCUAGUUAUAAUGAAGAAGAGGAAACUUUUCAUCUUUCCCCGAAUGCCCAGUCCAGGUGGCUGUAGCAAGCCAGGGACCGGCUGCGUACGUCACGCUUGCAGUCCUGUGUGCCGACGCUAAGUCAGUCCAGGGUCUGACUGGAACAUCAGCGAUGGUGCUGGAUGCACAUUAAAGCUUGCUGAAAGGAAUAUUGCGGGAGCCAAGGUAGCUAGUGUGGUCUAGCACAGGCAGGUUCGGGCUGGUGAAGACCUUGAGUCUUUCGGUCGUAUCCGGCCCCGAACAAAAAAGCGAAAGUGGACAGCUGCAGAAAUGCCAAAAUACGUGGGUUUGUCACGUGCCCCUUGUGGACUUAGAACAAGAACGAAACAAGCUUUUCCCUUUUACGGCCGCGAUGAUACUUAGGGUGUAGUCCGCGCUCUAGAAACCGCCGGUUCCGGUACAUUCUUGUAUCUUUCUUUCGAACAAAUACCUUGCGUGCGUGGCCGACAUGCAUCAGCGAAGAAAUGCGAAGCGCGGACUGCAAAGAAGGAAACUCCUCCUUUUCGGAUUGUGUGCCCCGCUUCAUCUCUUUAGAAUGGGGAGACCAACAACCACAGCAUUUGUAUACUUGAACGUACGAAAUCCGAUUCACUUCCCCAACGCAACCUUACCCCAUGCUCCAUGAGCAUGCUUGUGAUUAUUGCAGUGAUUCCCGUCGAUGGGCAUCUUUUGAACAUGGUGAACACCUGUUAGGGACAGCCAUUUUUCGCAUCACUUUUUCCGUCCCGUCAAUAUGGUUCGAAUUCUAUUACUCUGUGCUGAACCUCCGGAGAACAAGCCUCCCGGUAGACGUUCUUGUCUGGUGCAAGCAAGUCUUUCUAGCAUAGUCUUUCUCCCGACCACCGAGUUUUGUCAGUGUCGUUCCCAUGUUCAUUUCGUCCAGAAUCUGCCCUUUGAGACAGGGUUGUGAUAAAGGCAUGUGGUGCUAGAAGGAGGGUGAGAGCUGCAGCUGUCAGACUUUCUUUGGUUAUCUGAAGGCAUCCCCUUUCACGAGAGCGGCUUCACUUGUUUUGUUGAUUAAGUGACGCAACCCUUCUCUGACCGGGGACCCACGGUGCAAGAGAUCGUGGGUGUCGCCCGGGAAGCGAUUUUUUGCUUCUUGAUUUUUUUACAAGACUUAUCCAAGACAGAAAUGUUAGCCCGUUAGGGACGUCAGAACUAUAACAUCGGGAAUGAUGUAUUAGUCGCUGUACUUCCAUAUGUGCAGGUCAUUAUGCCAUAACGUAAAUGUGUGGUACUUGGAUUUCUGUCUGUGUAUACCCAUACAGGCAGGUCUUCUUUGUUGGUUGUAAUUUUUCCCCGGUCCCGACCACUGGGAGCAAAUGCGAGGAACAGUACACCCUCGUAAGCCAUCGCUCAUGAUCGUGAUGAAUUUGCACACACGUUUUUCUUUCUAAAUCGACACCCCUUGUUAAGAGCUUCACAAUUCGAGGAAACCCCCUCACUCAUUCCGUCCUGUUUUGGCACUUGUCUGUCGCCCUUUUAAUUCCCCCCUUCAAAAACCAGAGAAAACGAAGUUGCUAAACGAGGGGGCGUCCUCUAGAAAAAGGCAUCUCAUUUGUCCACGCAGAGCAGUUACGUGCAUGCUGCUAUCCUUCUGUGUGUCUGUCUUGGCAAUUACUUGUUCUUUUAAGGAAAAAAAAUUCUCGGUUUUCUUGGCGAAAGGGAACGUUCCUUCACACCGGUGGUAAUUCCGUUUACGCGCAUCAUGGUGUGUUUCUUUUCGUGUAUUUCAUCUCCCUUUUGUGGCGUUCGACGCCGGUUACGCCACAGAGGAGUGAAGAAAUAUCAGACAAGCAAUGAAGGAACGGUAACGAGGGUUUAUGAUUCGGUGUCGCCUAUCUCGAUUGCGUCGCCAUCCCCAGUUCAGAAAUCGUUUUGUUCGUUCCACCAAAAGUUCUCUUCUUCCGUUCCCCCUCAGAAACCAUGGGUGCCCGUGCUGUCUUCAGUUGCCUCAUCAGCAUACUCUACAUGCUACGGUGGUCAGAACUUCAGGUCCGUGAUCGAAUGCAGCGAAGUAGGGGACAGAAGCAGUGAAACACAUAUGCUAAUAAACAUGCCUGUGAACGGGACAGGGGAGCCUCAACUAUCUGCGUCUCUCCAGGUCACACUCUCCUCGCAGCACAAGCCAAACUCCGAGAGAAUUGCCUCUCCUAGUGCCCUAGAGUAUUCUCUCGCUUCCGGCACAGUGCAGAGACUGGAUGCAGCAGAGAUUAGCGCUGCCGCUACCGAGGAGUUUCACGCACAGCAGCAGACAAGAGUAGUUGAUUUUCUUUAUUCAAACUCUCAACUGCAGCAGCCGCGCCUGUCUCCUAACGGAGGAAAGGAAGCGGCACCCCUUGGGUUCAUCGGAGGGGAGGAUAAUAAAACUGCAUGGUGCAAACGGAAAAGAAGCUCCACGGUGCAAAGACAAACCAUCCCCAAAGUUAGAGACCGAAGAAUGCCAUGUAAAAAAGAGAUGAUGCGCUCUACUCCUGGUACUCCCUUACACGAGAACUCCAGCCGAUUUCUUGUUUCUGGGGACCAACGUACGACAGCAGGGACAGAAAACAUUACGCCACAUCUUCGGAAUACACCCGUACAACGAUUGCCACCAAUCCCUCUCGAUGCAGCAAAAGCUACGUUUUGUCUCGACCGCUUCUGUUUCGGAGGAGAAAGGCGAAAGGGACGGCAUAACAUGGCAGCUCGUCUAGUAACUCACAUGGCGGACGUCGAAGCGGAUGAGAAAGAAGAAACAACUCGUUCACUUCUGUCAGAGAGAGAAAUCGAUGGUGAACUCUUUAACCUUGGAGAAGGAAUGCAAGUGGGCGAUGAAGACCUGCUCUUUCUCAGUGAUAUGACAUCGUACAUCGAUUGCCAUUUCGCAGAUGGCUAAUGUGCGCGGACGAAUUUCCAAGGGCUACCCUUCCCUUUUUUAAGAAAUUGACGUCAGUCGAUGCUACAUCAUUUCGAUCCACCAAUUGCCCCUUGAUUGUUUUAGGUUAAAACAUGUUCCUGGCUACAUGUAUUUGCUGACCAGCUUACAUGUCAUGAGAAUGUUGACAGCAAGUCGUGUCCCAGGCAUGUUUCGGCGUGCCAACCGCUGCUAUUGACUUCUUUGUCAACCGAUCCUUGCUCACCGCCAGACAGUUCCGACA